AUGGGCACUGCCAUCCAGAGCGGCGGCAAUGGUCUCUCCAGCCUCCCCACCUCCGUUGUCGGCGGCACGCCCACCACCAUCUCGUUCAGCGCUCCCGUGAGCACCAUCUCCACCGGGGUCCUCGGCGGCGGGAUGACCGUUACCGAGGACACACCCUUCAGCGAGGACCCUAGCGCGACCGUCGCGACGGACGCGUUCACCACCGUGUUCCCGACGGCGUUCCCUAGCGUAUCGGUUACGGACCUUCCGAUCUGCGAAGUCCCUUGGGUAUCGGGCACGUACGCGGGGAUCCCAUCUGCUAGUGCUUCUGUAACCACCGGUGACGUGGGCUCGCAGAAUCUCAAGGCGGAGGUCAAGACGGGCGCUGCGACCACGUUGGUGAAUACGGGCAGCGUCGCGGGUCUGGCGGCUAGCGUCGUCGCUGGAUUUAGUUGA